AUGGUCAUUAAAAAAAGUGUCUAUCGACAAAACAGCCGUACAAGUAGUAUUAGUAAUACUACUGCAGGAAGUACUGAUAAUAAUAACAACAAUAAUAACAAUAGUAAUAAUCUCGAUAACAGUAGUGGGACGGGCACCAAUAAUGUUAGUAAAGGCAUAUCGAAUAGUAUCCCAGAAGUUAUCGAUCCUGGAAUUACUAUCCCAAUAUAUGAGGAAGAUAUAAAAUCCAUUGAUAUUGAAUCUCCACAAAAAAUUGGGUCUUACAGAACAAGAGCUGGAAAAUUCUCCAAUACAUUAAGUAAUUUAUUACCUUCAAUUAGUGCAAAGUUACAUCACUCAAAGAAGAAUGGAUCUAAAAACGAGGAUACUCCAACUAAUAGCAAUUCUGAAUCCACUAUAAAUCUUCCAAAUAUUGUCUUAGAACAAAAUACUUCAGAGAACCCUGUACCAAUGAAAGAUGAUUCUAUAAAUGAUUUUAUAUCUGGUCAUCUGACUCCACCUAAUGAGCCUAUACAGUUUCCUGAAUCAAGUAAUCAUAUGUUAGGUGGUCCAAGGACAUCAAAUGAUUCAUUUGGUCUUUCUUUAUCUAAUCAAUUAAAUCCAUCAUCUAUAAAUAAUCUAAAUGGAAAUGACAAUAUCUCCAGGACGAGGAAAAAUACAGUAACUUCUCAAAUUACUUCUAUGUCUUCUACUACUCAAAAUCAAACUAUAUGGACAAAUGACGCAAAUUCAGGUAUUCACAUGAUUCAUCCAUUCCAUACAUCUAUGAUAUCCAGUACAGGCAAUAAUCAUAAUAAUCACAACAACAAUAAUAAUAAUUACUAUGAUUCUAUUGUGCCCACACUCUCUGGCACAAAUGUGAUUGCAAAUGAUAAUGGUUUAGGCAAUACUUUAUCAGUACAACCUUCCUUAAAUCAAAACAAGCUAUGGGUAAACAACUCUUCUACUCAUAGACAAAGAUCUAUGUCCAAUGCAUCAAGCGUCUAUAUAGAUGCUCCAUUAUAUGGUGAACAAAACUUAAAUAGAAAUAUAGUUGCCUCAACCAAUUAUAUUCCGAAUAUAAAUACCAAUCACAUUAACACCAAUGAACCAUCUGAGUCAAACCUUGAUAUACCAUUUGUCUGCGACGAUAUGGAUCCGCAUUCUUUAAACUGGGUUUCCAUGGAUUUAAAUGUACCAUCAAUAAACCAAAUAACAAAUUUACUUCCAACCGAUACUAUUUCAAUUUCUAACAUUUUUUCAUUACAAAGACAACAACCUAACUUAAGUAAUGCCAUUAAUUUGACAAGUACAUCAUUAGCAACGUUAUGCUCAAAGUUUGGUAAAGUUUUGUCUGCCAGAACUUUUAGUAAUAUCAAUAUUGCUUUAGUAGAGUUUGAUAGUGUAGAAAGUGCAACUCGUGCAAUGACUUCUUUACAAGGUAAAGAAGUCUCUGUAGUUGGAGCUCCAAGUGAAGUAUACUACGCUAAAAUAUUACCAAUGCAUAAUCAAGCUCAAUCCUUAGGUGGGACUGAACAAUUUAUGCUGAAUUCUAAAGAUAAUGGCAUACAACAAUCUCUUUUACAAGAACAGUUACAUUGUGGUGCAGUAACGCUCCAACAAAAUGGUAAUGUUUCAAUUCCAGUAUUUAACCCAUACCCCUACUACUUGCAACAACAACAGCAAUAUACUAACAUGAAUUAUAGUUCAUAUAUGCAUCCCUCACAUACCACUAUGGAAAAAGAUACUUGCCCAUUCACCUUACCUCCUCCAUCUUUGAAAGAAAAUAGGGAAGAAUUACAGGAUAUUAUUGAUACAUUUGAUGCCAAAAGAGACGUUAAACAAAUCCAUUCUUUGUUACAAUCUUCUUAUAAUUUCCAUGGAACUUCUGAUACUACUAAUUUUGGUCCAUUGCCCGAUCCAUUAAGUAAUAAAGAUUUUGAUGCGCCUACGUUAAGAGAGUUACGUAAAGCUAUCGACAACAACUCCUUAAGUGACUUAGAAUUAGAACAGCUAGCAAUUUGCAUGCUGGAUGAGUUACCAGAAUUGAGUUCAGACUACUUAGGAAACACCAUUGUCCAAAAAUUAUUUGAAAGAUCAUCCGAUAUUAUUAAAGAUAUUGUGUUAAGAAAGACUAACCUUUAUUUAGCCUCGAUGGGCGUUCAUAAAAACGGUACAUGGGCAUGCCAAAAGAUGAUUACCAUGGCAACCACACCAAGGCAAAGAAUGUUUGUGAUUAGAGGUAUCUAUAAUUAUUGUGUUCCUUUAUUUAAUGAUCAAUUUGGUAACUAUGUGAUUCAAUGUGUGUUGAAAUAUGGAUAUCCAUGGAAUAGUAUUAUAUUCGAGAGUAUUACUGCAAAUUUUUGGGUUAUUGUUCAAAAUAGAUAUGGAUCCAGAGCUGUAAGAGCAUGCUUAGAGGCAAACGAUAUCAUAACUACGGAACAAACAUUGGUAUUAGCUUCGAUAAUUGUGAUAUACGCCAAAUAUCUAGCCACAAAUAACAACAGUACGUUGCUGUUAACAUGGUUUUUAGAUACAUGUGAUUUGCCAAAUAGAUAUUCUAUUCUUGUUUCAGAGUUAUUAAAUAAUAUAGUUGAACUUUGUUGUCAUAGAUUAGCUUCAUUGACUAUUUUAAAGAUAUUAAAUUAUAGAGGUGAUUCUAAAGCUAGAAUGGAUAUUUUAGAAGCAGUGUUUGAUAAACUCUCUUCUAACGAACCACCAGAUACUUUAAGACAAAUCUUGAAUGAUACAAAUAAUGGUCCAACUUUUAUUUACAAAGUUCUAUCUAUUUCAUUGUUAGAAGAAGAUAUAAAAGCACAUAUUAUUAAACAAGUGAGAAAAUUGGUUAUAGAUAUACCAAAUGCACAACAACAUCGUAAAUUGAUGGAAGAGAUUGGAUUUCAGCCUGUGCAAACCACAAUGGUCAAUGGUCAGUUAAAGCACAAACGAAGUACAUCCCAUAUCCAUAACAUCGAAACUACAAACCAUAUGAGAGGUGUGUCUAUGUCAAGUGUGCGCAGUUCCAAUUCAAGACAUAAUACAUUGAUGAGUAAUUUCAGUAAUAACCCGUUAUCAAUGCAACAAUUACAACCAGUAACUUCUAAUGGUGGUGUUUCUUCGAAUAACACUAGCUAUUAUAAUUACCCAGGUGGUUUCCCUUCUAACAAUUAUUCUGGCAACAAUAAUUAUGCAUACGUUGCAAAUAUUGGGAAAGAUGAUCUAGUUUCACAAAUGGAUUCACUUUAUUUGGGAAAUGGGACACAAGUUUCAUUGCCUCAAUUAAGUAUAACCAAUCAAAAUAACAACACAAACAUUUUACAACCUAGUAGUAGUUCCAAUCAAUACCUAGAUGUUACUAGGUAUAAUGGUUAA